UUCAAACCUAAAAGAUUACAAAGUUCCAAAAGUUUCAAUUCAAAAAAUGGAUGAGUAUUCGGCAGGGUUUUGCAUUAGGGCGUCCCGUGGCGGCGGCACAGGGACUAAGUGCGGGCGGUGGAACCCGACAAGUGAACAAGUAAAAGUUCUGACCGAACUGUUCAGGUCAGGUCUAAGAACUCCCAGUACGGAUCAAAUUCAAAAGAUUUCGUCACAGUUGAGCUUUUAUGGCAAGAUUGAGAGCAAGAAUGUUUUUUAUUGGUUUCAAAACCAUAAAGCCAGGGAGAGACAGAAACGGCGCAGGGUUUUGGUAGAUGAAGGCAAUGAGAUUAUGCACUUACAUGACAGCACCAAGGUUUCAUCAACAAAACAUUAUACGGAAGCUAAUCAGGUUUCAGAGUCAGAAAGAGUGAUUGAAACUCUGCAACUCUUUCCACUAAACUCUUUUACUGAAUCAGGUUCAGAGAAAGUGAGACAAUUUACAAACGAUUGCAAGGAAAAUGCCUCGUUUACGUACAAUAUUGGCACAGAAAUGGAUCAUCCCACGUUGGAUUUGCGAUUAAGCUUUGUUUAGAACAUGUAGAAAGGAUAUGGAUCCUCUUAUCAUAUGUCUUUCUUAAAGGACUAAUAUUUCUCGUCUAACCCUGUCGAAGAGAUUUAGUCGUAGA